AUGGGAUCCUCUUAUUUAAAUGUACCAACUUUUUGUUCAGGAAAUAAUAACACUUUUGAUGGUGAUGAUAAUGGAAAUUGGACAUUAUUAAAUCAAGUUUAUGAAAAGAUUGCUGAAAAUGAGGAAGAACAAAAAAAUAAAGUGGAGGAAACUAACAAACAUGAGUAUAAUAAUAAAGAAAGUUAUAGUAAAAAGUGUUAUCAACAAAAUUUACAAUCUACUUUUAAUAAAAAUGUAACUAUUCCUGAUACCAAAAAUAAUAACAUUCAACAAAAUAAAAGAAAAUCAAUUGAAAAUAAUAUUGUUAUUGCCUACCAAACUUAUAAUGAUCUCAGUAACCUUGAUAUAACAAAUAAUUUAUUAGAUUGUCAACAUACAAAAAAAAAUAGUUAUCACAAUUUUAAUUGUACUAUUGAUAAUAAAUCUUUAGGUGAACAAAGUCUAAGUAUUAAAACAUUAUCAAAUUCUAAUGUUAAGAACAAAAUACAACAUCCUAUCAUUAAAUUUGGUUCUAAUUUAAAAUCAUCUCCUUCAACAUUUAAAUUGUUAGUUAAAAAUAAACAUGAUAAUAUAACUCAAAAAAAUAAAUAUAACGAAGAAAAUUUGACAUGUGCACGUUUACAACCAUAUAAUAAUUUUAAAAAAAAAGUUGAAAAUAAUAGUAUUAUAUCUAUUGGACUUAAAAACAAUAGGGAUUUGAUUUCUUUUCCUGAACUUCCAAAUUCUUCAAUAAAACAUAAAAGAAAAAUAACAAAUAGUGAUAUUUUAGAUCCUCAGGUUCAUGGACAUGCAAUUUCUAAAAAGGCAAUGGUUGAAACAAGUGCAUAUUCUAGAUAUCAAAUUAUGGUUUCAGAGUGGAGACAUUAUGUUAAAAUGGUUAAAUCAAAAGUUCAUGGUUUUGGGCUGGUGGCUAAUGUUGAUAUACCUGAAAAUACCUAUAUAAUUGAAUAUACAGGUGAACAGAUUCGUUAUGAAAUUGCUAAUAUAAGAGAAAAAAAAUAUAUUGAAAAUGGUUUGGGUGUAUAUUUUUUUCAAAUUGAUAAUGAUUAUGUUGUUGAUGCAACAUUUUAUGGAUCAUGUAGUAGAUAUAUGAAUCAUUCUUGUGAGGCAAAUUGCAUUGCACAUAUAAUAUAUAUAAAUGAAAAGAAAAAAAUUAUAAUGAUUAGUUCUCGUGAUAUUAGAAAAGGUGAAGAAUUAGUUUAUGAUUAUAAAUUUGAAAGAGAAGAAGGUUCAAAGAAUAGAAUUCCAUGUUAUUGUGGGGCAAAAAAGUGCAAAAAAUGGAUCAAUUAG